UCGUUGAGAAACAAGAGCCUCUUCUCUGGACUCUACGCAUACUCUGUAAUUGACGCUGCUUCUAUCUCGAUCAUCGUGCUCAAUUGACAUCCAAUUGCUUCUGUAAAUACCCUCGCUGGAGUUCCUCUUCAAGCCGUUCGUUCCACCUGGCCCAAUCGAGAACCCGUGUCGGACCAUUAAAAUUUUGCCUUUUCUCUCCCUGGCAACGGUCACCGCGUCCCUCGCUCGGUGUGAAGCGGACAAACGCAUUCGGCCUCUACCAACUGCAGCGACUGCCUCUCUUUUUUGAUUUUCAUCGCUCGUAGCUGGUGACUGUGUGCGGUUGCAUCGUCAUCAUGGAGAACUACCAGAAGAUUGAGAAGAUUGGAGAGGGAACAUAUGGAGUGGUCUACAAGGCUCGCGAGCUUAGCCACCCCAAUCGUAUAGUGGCCCUGAAGAAAAUCCGGCUGGAAGCAGAGGAUGAAGGCGUUCCCAGCACUGCCAUCCGCGAGAUAUCCCUGCUCAAAGAGAUGAAAGACCCGAAUAUCGUGCGACUACUCAACAUUGUCCAUGCAGAUGGCCACAAGCUCUAUCUUGUUUUUGAGUUCUUGGAUCUCGAUCUCAAGAAGUACAUGGAGGCACUUCCAGUCAGCGAAGGAGGACGGGGCAAGGCCCUUCCCGAUGGGUCAAGGCUGGAUAUGAACAUGGGUCUGGGAGAUGCUAUGGUUAAGAAGUUUAUGGCUCAGCUCGUGGAAGGAAUCCGUUAUUGCCAUAGCCAUCGCGUGCUGCAUCGAGACUUGAAGCCACAGAAUCUUCUGAUUGACCGGGAAGGCAACCUGAAGUUGGCUGAUUUCGGUCUGGCAAGAGCUUUUGGAGUGCCAUUGAGAACAUACACUCAUGAGGUCGUCACAUUGUGGUAUCGUGCUCCUGAAAUUCUACUUGGCGGACGUCAAUACUCCACUGGUGUCGACAUGUGGGCAGUCGGUGCAAUCUUCGCUGAGAUGUGCACUCGCAAACCCUUGUUUCCCGGUGACUCCGAGAUUGACGAGAUUUUCAAGAUCUUCCGACUCCUUGGUACUCCUGACGAACUUACCUGGCCCGGUGUUACGUCCUUCCCCGAUUUCAAGCCGACAUUCCCCAAGUGGAGACGUUCCGAGUCGCGAGCACUUGUCCCUGGUCUAGACGAAGAUGGACUGGAUCUCCUAGACGCUCUGCUCGAGUACGAUCCGGCGCGACGAAUCUCAGCCAAGCAGGCGUGCAUGCACCCUUAUUUCCAGCACGGGAGUUCAUAUUAUUCUGGCCAGAGAAAGGCUGCGUACAAUUAAGGCAAUGAUUUUCAGUUGAUUAUUACAGUCUUACAUGCGGUGUCAGCUUUCGCACAGUAUCACCGAAUGGUUCGGUCUGCCGCCUGUGGCUGGUGGUAAACUCUACCCGCAUUUAUUUCACUGAUAUUCGCGGAUUGACCCCUUUCUUUUCUUUUCUUUUUUUUUUUUUUUCUUUCUCUUUUUUCUUUUCUCUUUUGUUCACGGCGUUAUGUGGGGAGUAACAUGGGGAGAGGUUAGGCUACUGGGUGUCAAGGAAACUCUUUUGAACGAACCCGAGCAUGCAUAUCCGUCCGUUCAAGUAUGUUAAUUAUUUGUCCUAAUGGAGUAUUGCAGUUGCAUGUACUGUCGCAUCUUGUCUAGCAUUCAGCUCGUGUCUGCAAGGCUGGCGAACAUUCUCGAACGAGGAUGACACCGGUUGGACCAGUCAGUUAUGGGCUUCGAAUAGUAGACGUAACUUGCCGAGAGCGAGCUGCAGUGAGGUUCUAAAAAUGAAAUGCGCUGCCUCUAAACAUCGCGAGUGAAACGUCGAAAAUUGCGCACGGCGUCUGGCAAUAAGAAAGAUAAUCUGUCCUUAGCGAUCCUUCUGCGCCU